UUCCCGCGAGACAUGAUUUCUACUUCCAUUCAUUAUAUUCACAGGAAUCGAUGGACCAGUACUAAUGGGCAAGGAUGGCGCUCGACCAAGAUGAAACACUCGCACCCAUGAGAGAGUGCGAGUGUCAAAAACACUUGGUCUUGUAUUGGCCCGCAUCCACAGUCCCUCCACACUUCUCGCCAACCCAACCCACCCUCCGAGCCAGUGCACGAUAAGAGUUUGGUCAAUUAGCCAUGGUCUCAAGUCGUCGCGCUCUCUACAUUUCCGAGAUUCUUUCAGAAAUUUCAUACCAGCUAGAGGAUGAUCGCAAGUCUCUUUCACGUCUUGCACGUUGUUGCAAAGCAUUCUCAGACCCAACUUUGGAUGUCCUGUGGAGGCGGAUGAGCCUUUUCUCCCCCUUCAUUCCCCUUUUACCCCCGAGAGUUUUGACGCUUUGGGUCGAAUACCAAUUCAGCGCAGAGAGUAUCGCGAACUUUCAAUGCCCCCCUAUACACGAGUGGAAGGCUUUUGACGCAUAUGCUAGGCGUGUGCGGGUGUUGUACAGCGGUGCCUCGCACUUCCUCGCAGGUGUGGCCACCAUCCGAACAAACUUCAACGUCUUCCCCUUCCUACGAUCCAUGUCGAUGCAGCUUCAGGAACCUAUACAACCCGGCAUUCGGGUGUUUCCAGAAACGCUGCAAACGCUGGAAAUUUCGGGCCCCGCUUACAUCAACUGUAAAGAUUCCUGUAUCCAGGCUGCUCUUGCACACGCGGCGCGCGAUGCACCUUUCCUGAAACAUCUCCACGUCGAAGACUACAGCUAUAACAGCGACCGUUUGGACACGACACCCCUUCAUUUCAAACACUUGCAAAGUGUCGAGAUAUCCGCAUUCAUCAGCUCAAAUGUCCUCAAAUCACUAUGUUGUGUUCUUUCGCAAUCACCCGUGAUCGAGCUCAAGAUAGAGCUCCCACCUACCAGCUGCAUAUGGGAUACCCCACAUUCCCUCUUUCCACAUCUGGAGAGGCUGGAUAUACACGGCACGCCCGCCCUUGCGGAAGCCUUCAUCACGAACGUUUCCAGUAUGUGUGUCCGCUCAUUGACCGUCAGGCACAGCCGUGGGCCCGCACGACUUGAAGACUGCAGCCGUCUAUUUUCUACCAUCGUGAACAAGUAUAGCACAUCGCUGCAAUCGCUAUCUCUCACGAUCAGCCGCUCACCAGUUCUCCACAACCACGAUGGCGUGGCGCAUGAUAUAAUGGAUGCGCUGUUCCCUUUGAUGCCGAGUUUCGAGCAUUUGGAGGAACUUCAUUUAUCAUUGCCCAGUGCUACUCAAGUCGAUGAUUACCCUUCCGUUGAAGCUUCUGGUUGGCCAACUUUGAGGCGGGUGGAGUUUAUGGCCACAUGAUGAUUUGCGGGAUGAUCGCGGGAGGCUUGGAAUUCAGUAGUGAAAUGGCUGGACCAUGUAGAUCACGUGUAUUUUAUUUGGGUAUGGAAUAUCGACAUUUAUACUCACAGGUCAGAAAUACUUUUG